AUGCGGGUGAGCAUGGUGGGUGAAUUUUCAGAUGCCCCCCUCUCACACAGACCUGGGGCCUGCUGGUGUCAGUCUCAAAGGCAGGGGCGCGCCCUCUUUCGGUGCCUGGCACUUCUCUCACAUUCUCUCACUUCCUCCUCCGCAGCCAUGGCCUGCGAACAGCCCAAGAAGCCGACCGGCGGGGCCUACGGCAGCUGGCUGGCAGAGCAUCGGGCGGAGCUGCAGAAGGAGGUGGGCCCAGGGAAGCCGGCGUGCGAGGUGGCCAAGCUGGCCGGAGUCCGCUUCAAGGCACUCAGUGAGGACACCAAGGCCAUCUACCAAAAGAAGUUUGAGGAGGCCAAGGCCAAGUACGAUGCAGACAUGGCCGCCUUCCUCGAAGCCGGCGGCGAGAAGAAGAGCAUCAAGAGGAAGGCCGAGAAGUCCGCCAAGCGCAAGAAGGACCCGGCUGCACCGAAGAAGCCUGCGGGGGGUGCCUUCGGCUGCUUCCUUGCCAAGAACCGGGCCACUUUCACGGAGGAGUGCAAGGGCCAGCCGGUCACCGCCAUCACCAAGAUGGCCUCCGAUCGAUGGAAGAAGCUGAGCGAGGAGGACAAGAAAGUCUACCAAGAGGACUACGAGGCCAAGAGGGCCGAGUACGAAGAGGCCAUGAAGUCCUACGUGCCGCUUCCCAGCACCGACAACGACGCCGAGAAGCCGGUGGCUAGAUCGCUGCUGCAGUACUCGCUUUUCGGUGAUUGUCCCGUGCUUGUGUCUAUGACGUGUCAAACUAGAAACAUCACGUUGAUCUGUUGCAUGUUCCGUACAGCUGACGUACAUUCCACGGUAAAACUUGAGUAA